AUGACAGACUCAAGUGCAAAUUCGGAAACCACCAUCCCGGUCGGAUCCCAGUCGGCGUGGUUCUUGACGACCGACCAGAUCCUGCAGCGUCUCUCCGACGCCCUAGCCGAGAACCGCGAGGUCAGGGCUUCCCUACCCGGCCUCAAGGACCUCCUCGACGACUACCUAGACGACGAGGUCGAUCUCCGCCGCGUCGAGUUCCACCGUCGCCUCCUACGCGUCUUCCGCGAUGCGCCCCGCGACGCCACCUACGGCUCGCUGCUCGCCAAGCUCGAGGGCUCCGAGCGCGAGCGCGUGGCCCGUUUCGUCGACGAUGACGCCGCCACGCCGGACGAGUGCGGCGUCGGCUUCGAGCACACCAUGAGCCUGGGCGUGCGAGAGCACCUGCGCGACAUGCUCCGGGGUAAAAGGGUGCCGGCGGCUCCUGGCCCGCGUGGGCUCGGGCGGGUUCGUGCACCGGUGACGACGGAGCUUUAUCCGGACGAGGUUCUCGUCUACAAAGAUACCGAGUUUCACAAUUGGGGCCUCACCGAGCAGUAUACACCCGUGUACACGUGCAUUCCUUCGACUGUGGCUGGUGUACAGAGAAUAGUUCGAUACGCAAAGAGCCGCUCGAUGGGCGUCCGCUGCGCGGGUUUCCUUUUAUCCCGCAAAGGGCACCCACCGAGCUUGAGUCUAUCGAGGUCGUUUCGGGAACCCCGAAAGAAGGGAAAUACGCUUGUGCGCGUCGGCGUGGCCGUGACCAACGAACGGCUGCGGCGAUGGUGCGUCGCGAGCAAUCGGUAUACCCUUCCCGUCAAUACCAUCAUGGUGGAGAUGACCAUGGGCGGCAUCAAUGCUCCCAUCUGCCACGGCUCGGGGAUCGGGCAGCAGACGUUGAGCGACCUCGUGAGAAAGGUAGAGUACGUCGACGCCAACGGCGAGCUGCGCGUGGUCGACGAGCCGGAGCACCUCCGGGUAGCAAGCGGGUGCUUUGGAUUAAUGGGCGUGAUUACGCACUUGACUCUCGAAUUUGCGCCAAUGACCUAUGCCAUUCUCGAGGCGAAGCACGUUCCAACCAUCCGGGCGAUUCCUCCGCCCCCUGGGAUGAGCUUAGAGGACAUCCCACCGGCGCUGCGACUAGAGCUGACGGCCGAGGAGAGGAAGCAUGACCAGGAGGCCUUUGAGCGGCACGCAACGAGGGAUUACUACAAUGAAUGGUUUUGGUUCCCCUUUUCCGACACGAUCUGGGUGAACUGCUGGGAUCACACGACGGACGAAGACGGGGUCGAAGACUAUCCCAACGAAGGGGCCAUUUUCUUUUCCUUUGUGACGCAGUUUGCGCUCAACGUAUUGCAGUCGGCACCUAUCCUCCGCGACUUCAUCGACAAGCUGGGUCUCAACGAAGCGGCAACAACCCUCAUCGGGAGGGCGGCCAAGUUUGCGCUGCCGGAGAAGCGAGUCAAGACGUACCUCAACGACGCCCUCCACUUCCAGCGGGGCAUCCAAAACGUGCGGGUGCUCAACCUCGAAGUCUCGAUCCCGCUGGUGCCCGCCAAGGCGGACCCGACGAAGCCGGACUGGGCCAUUGUGCAAAAGGCGUGGUGGGAUGCCAUCCUCAAGUGCUACGAGCACAGCGACACGUGUCCGCAGCGCAUGCCGCUCGAGAUGCGCAUCAUGGGCAGCAGCGACGUCGUCAUGGCGCCGCAGAGGGGCAACCACCUCGGGACGUGCGCCAUCGAGAUCCUGACGCUGUACUCGGCCAAGGAGGACUGGGUAUGGUACGCGCAGGAGGUGCUCGACGGGUGGAUGGCGCUGACCGACUCCGAGGGCCGGAAGCUCCGGACGCGGCCGCACUGGGCCAAGCAGUGGAAGGAGUUCCGCGUGGACGGGAAACCGUGGGCGGAGACGCUCCGGGCGGACGUGUACAAGGACGAGAUUGCCGAGUUCAAGAGGACGCUGACUAACAUUGGGCGGUUUCACGGGCCGCUGGGCGGCUAUGAGGAGCUCAUUCGACUUCAGACUGUAUAG